AUGCCGUCUUUCCUUCUCUUUGCUGCCAUUUUUGGUAAGUCUCUUCAAAAAGAAGAAAAUUUUUAAUACUAUAGCUUUUUAGAACUCUUAAGUGAUCCCUAGAGUUGUUCCGGUAUGCGUUACCGAGGUCCAGAAAGUUUCAAAAUGCAAAAAAUUGGCGCGUAUUUUUUAGAAUUUUUUUGUUUUUGCUUAGGAAAUUCAGAGUGGUCCUUAUAGGGAUUAGGAGGAAAAACAGCUUCUAUAGGGGCCGAAGAAGUGCUCCCUAUGGGGGUAAAAUCAUGGUGGUCCCUAUAGGGAUUUACAGUCUGACCCGUUAACCUCUAAAGCUUAAGUGGUCCCUGUAGAGGCCCCUAACCCCUAUGGGGGACACUCUAAAAACUCCUGAGAGGGUUCAUAAAAAAAUAAUCGAAUAGUCGACCCCCCUCAUAGGGGCCCACUAACCAAAAACCCCCUAUAGGGGCGACUUUUUGCAAACUCUAGUGCCCCCUAUAGGGGUUGGUAAAGUGGUGUCUAGUGAGGAUCCUUCAAGGGCUCCUAAGGUUGCCCCUAUAGGGACCACUCUCGAGUUCCUAAGAAGUCAACAGUGAUCCAAAAAUGAAACAAAACACUGCAAAAAGCCUGACAGUCUUGCAUUUUCAGGCCUCACCCAAUGUCAACAGUUCCUGCCCCUCUCCGAGUUCGAUCCCAACUUCAACGAGGACCUGAAAAACAUUCAAGGCGGAAUGAACGUCUACGUCUCCUACAACGAAAUCGACAAAGACCUUCUAGACCAAAUCGUCUUCCUUUCCGGCGGAGUUUCCAAAACGUGACCAGAACUAAAAGCCGAAAACUUCUGAAAUCGAAAUUUCAGGGCUUAUGAAGUUUCUCAAAGCUACGCGGAUCAAGCCUCCGGUCUGAAAUCUCCUUGGAAACUCCCUGGUAACCAGCUUACCGUUAUGAACUUGAACAACGCGACAAAAUCCUACACUGUCAAGAGUUUCCUGUAUAUCCAAUCGUUGGCACAGUCUCAAGGUAAACCAUUGAAUAUUUCAGUAGCACCUUUCGGACUUCCCGCUGAAACGCAAGAAAGGGGCUUCUAUAGCGAUGGUUUUAGUGGCCACUUUAGUGUCAUCUUCAAGAAACCUCUAUAGUGGCCAUUAAAAGCUUUGAAAUUGUAUCGAAAAAAUGAUAAAUUUCUAAUUUUCGAAAAUUUCGUUCAAUUUGAUUCCUUCCAGACCCAACAAUCUUCGUCUACGACAUCGUCGGAUCUCAAAAUAUCACCAGAAAUGAAGAUUCUUCCACCAUCGUCCUGUUUCCACCCUUCUUGCCCCAGACGCUCGAGGGCCCAAAAUACGGAGCCGUUCUUUCGAAUAUCAGUCAAGCUGCGGUAACAUUCUUAUUUUCGGAAAAUUGAACAGGAAAAGUUCAGAAUGGUUCGGUGGUCAUGUACAGCGGAAUUCCGCCAACAACCAUUAAUAGCGACGCGAAUCGUUUCUUCAGGAACCCCUUGAGAAUCGACCAAAACACGACUCAGUCAGUUAUUUUUUGGGCGUUGAGCUUGAAACGUCAUAAAAUUAUCAAUCAAAAAAAAAAAUUUUGCUGGAAUAUUCUGAGCUCCAUUUGCUCUGCGACACAUAUCAGUCAGUUAUUUUCGAAGCUCAAAUUAAAAAGCUUCGAAAUUUUAGUACUUGAAAAAAAAUCAGUCACUGCCAAAGUCGGAAGUGCGGAAAACGGGUGCAAAAUGGCCGCUAAGAGGGUUCCGUUUUGCGGCCUUUAUUGAGCCUUUUUCGGGGGGCUAAAAAGCUUCAAAAAAGGGUGCAAAAAGGGUGCUGAAAGUCUGGGCCAUUUAUAAUUUCCGAUUAUAUCACUGUAGCACAUUUUGGUUCAUACACAGUCACCGGUGAAGAUUAUUUUCAAUUUCAAAAAUUUUGCGGUUCUCAAAGAGUCCAAAAAGGGUAAAAAAGGUCGACGAAAGGGUGAAAAAAGGCAGUGGAAAGGAAUCUGUUGCCACCCGUUUAGGAACAAUUAUGGAAACCUUUUGAUCCAUAACGGACGCUCAGAGGGUCUGUAAAGGGUCCUUCCGACUUUAAAGUUCAAUCAAAAUUAGAAAAGGAAGGUGAAUUUUAAAAUUCCCUAUUAAUUUCUACACUGUGACUCAUUAAAAAGCCCUAACAAGGGGGGUCAUUUCACUUUAAGGCUGGGAUUUUCCUGAAAAUUGGCCAGAAAGCUCCUACCAGAAGAAGAUUCUGGGAGUCUGAACCUGCACAAUUUCCUCGUUUUUGAGAAAAGACGCGUCAAAGUCGAAGAAAACCCUCAAAAUCCAAAAACAAGCUUUUUUGAGGCUUUGAGACCUUAUUUCUCAAAAACUAGGAAGUUGUGCAGGUCUAGACUCUCAGGAUCUUCAUCCGGUAAGUCAAGAAGAUUUCUGGCCGAUUUUCAGGAAUUUCCCAACCGCAAAGUAAAAUGACUCAAUCUUCGCUACCUUCUCCAUGGAGAAUAUAGGAACGGCUCUAGCUUUUAUUUCAUUUCCCAAGCUCCAUUUUAGCUCAAAUACCGUUCUUAUCUCAGUCGUCAGACUCCAAAAAAGGUUUGCAGAUUCUUCACCACCAUCGAACCGCUCCAAGUGACAUUCCCGGCGUUCUAUAUCUUGGUCAAGGGGGGAAUUUCUUUCACCGCCGCCAUUGACAGUCUAUGUAGCUCUGCAUUCAAUGGAAAGAGGGGACCUUUCGACUUUCAGCAACUCAAGCCGUGAUCAAGACCUCGGCGGCCACCACCACCGGACUCAUAAUGACCAAUGACUUCGCUACAAAUAUUUCUGUUGUUUUCUAUCCGGACAGGAAUCACAGUUAUGUCUGUGGAUACGAUGUGAGUUGAUUAGAGUUUUCUGGUCCUUGAAGGUUUCUUAAGAACUUCUUCAAUUCAAAUUAGAGCUUUUCCUGGAGUUCUUAGUUUUUCAAGGCGUCUUUUUAUAAAAUAUAUAUUCGUUUUGACCCUCUCCUUCUUCCCCCGUUCUGAACCGCUUUAGCGGCGCUCCAAGUCGAUUAGCCGAGGUCCUAUCCUGAUAUCAGUGGACUGGCUCUAGUGACAUAUCCGUCCUUGUGCGUGACGGCUGGGGAUUAUAAAGCCGUGGUUUCUCACUACCAAUACUUCUUAAACCCUUGGUUGGGUCGAGGCGGGGAUCGAACUUGUGACCCUGCGGACCGUGGACAAGCAUACAACCUGUUCGCUACGGUGCGCCCUUAAGUUAAAAAAAUUGUGAACCUUUAAAAACAAGUUAAAAACCACCCUAACUUGCCCCAUCACUUUGAUCCCUCAUAUAGCUGAUUUACGGCUGGCUUAAGCCAUCGAAAAAAAGGUCUUGACACGAUAAUGCACGAGAUGUGCCUGGAUCGUGGAAAGUGCAGAGAGACCACGCCCCUUAGCGUCCCAAGCUAGCCGUGAAUCAGCUAUAAAAUCCUUCCCAGCUGCGAAAUUCCAAACUUUUCCCACUAUUUGAAGUGAUUACAGUGCGCGUCAUAAGUAUAUCAAUUUUCUCAUCCCCCCCCUUUUUCAGGUCCCACCGAGACUAUCCCAUGUAUGCUAUACGGGAAAUGGAUAAUGUCCGGAAUUACGCAAGUUAUGGGGGGCUAAACUCUUGACUCGCGCUGUAUUGUAGAACUAGGCUCUAAAAUCUUGAAUACAUUUUUUUUCCAGCUAACCCUGAACAAAGUCAUCGCCCCAGUCACUCUUCUGUACGUUCAGCCGUUCUUCGUCGCAAAUUCUACGUUAGUUUUUGAAAAAUCCAAGUUAAAAAUACACUUUAAGAUACUCGAUAGCUGUAAUUGAUGCGUUGGAGAGCUACCAAUUCGCGGCCGAUUAUUUCUACGUCAUUCCACAAAAUCCAAUUGCCGCCAUCUACACGGUUCAGUACUUCCAAAUUCGUGAGUUUUAUUUUUUGGAAACGUUGAAAAUUGGGUAGUGCGUGGAUAUGAUGACGGUAUUGAAGCUUUUAAAAAUUUCUUUUUUUUUUUAAAUCUGUGUAAAAGCUUGUUUUGUUCAGUUUUAAGAUCGAAAUAGGAAAGUUUCAGUUCUUUCAAGGCCUCAUGAUGAAUAAAUCCACUCAGAACUUUGAAAAAUACCGUCAAAGCUUACACGGGAAGUGCAAAAGGUCCAGGUAUUGGAAUUUGAUGAGACUUGGUACAUAGGUACUUUCGAACACCCUGAAUCUAAUGAAGUUGAAAGAAAGUGCGCUUUUUUGGUUCUAGUCGAGUUAUGGCGCCUCAAAGUUUGCUAGCAAAAAAAAAACGCAUUGGAUGGAAGGAGGGAAUGUAUUGCGGCGACUAACUCUAGCUAGUAGCAGGCUGCGUGGUAUAAUGGCUAGCGAACUUGCGUCGGGGAACCUAUAAUGCAGGUUCGAAUCCACUUUGGGGAAAUUUUUUUGCCAUUUUUCUUUCUUGAGAAAUUUUUCCAAAACAGACAAGAAAAAGUUUCAGAAGGAGCCUUGAUCCCUCCUUCAACAACUGUUCCUGUUUCAACUGCGGUCCCUCCUUCAACAACCGUUCCUGUCUCAACUACAGCUCCUCCUUCAACUGUUUCUUCUCAAACAAAAGUUCCCCCUCCAAGCACGGUAGUGACAUCAGCUCCGACUCAACCAACGAUUCCACAAAAACCAACAACUACCAUCCAAACCACAACGAAAAGCUCAACUUCCACUUCAUUUUUAAUCAGUCUUGUUUUGAUUUUCGUUUCGCGGUUGUUCUAAUAUUGUUCAGAUCACCUUCAAACUGUCAUAAUAACUCCUCUCAAUGAGAUUGUCAAGCUUCCACGGUUCUUUUUCUUCCAAAAUAAACAUUUUAUUUCUCUUGUUUAAUAACAAUUUUGUUCAUGGAGAAUCGCAAUGCGUUCUCAACUUCUCAAAAUUGAAAAAAAAAAGUAUAACAUUGAAAAGUUUGCGAAAAAUCUUUCCAUUGACACUCUUUUUAAAAAAAACCGAAACCAAGAAAGGGGCGGAAUCAAAACCUUCGCCAUUCCGAAGUGACGUCAUGGGGAACAAGCGUAAAAAAUAUUAAAGGGGCAUGUUCAAUGGGUCAAUCGGUUUCCGAACUGAACUUCAGAAAUUCAAAGAUAUAUUGAGUUUAGCCAAAAUUACUUUCAACGCGGUAUGUGCGAUACCGUCGCAGUGCAUGCACACAACACACUACACUUUACGGAAAAAAUAUGGGCGGGGCGUCUUUCAGAAAAACGCUGUGUAAAAUCAGAAUUUUGCUAGGAACAAACUUGGAUUAUUGUGAAGGAAUCGAGGUUGAUAGAACUGUAAGGCUCUUUUUGCAGCCUUUCUCAUUUAGCGGCCAUUAUCCACCUCAAUAAUCUAUGGCUCUAAUCUCAAAAUCUCUCUUGUUUCUAAGGAUUUUCACCAAGGUCUUUUAAAUCCAAAAAAAGGGUCCGCAAAAAUAUUUAGAACCCUCGGGAGGAUAUUUAUAAGAUACCAUAUAAUUUUUCCCCUUUUCAACUCCAUUUUUACCUUCAAACCAACUGAAAACCAAACUAGAAAGGCCUCUAUAAAUAUUUCCGACGAGAAAUUUAGAUAGCGCCUGAAAAGGAUGAUUCAAAAUCGAUAAGAAACCAAUGAUAUCACUUGUCGGUCCCCCGCGUCUUGCAACGAAAAAAGAGUAUAAAACAUUGUUGGCCUGAGCUCUGGCGCCAGUUUUCCACGCUGAAAAUGCCGAUUUUCCUUCUCCUUGCUGCCUUUUUUGGUGAGUUGAAUUGGACAUGUCUUCGGCUUGCAAUUUUUCAAAAUCAAAAAUGAUCUCAUUUUAUAAUUUUUGUGAUAUUUAUUAUACCCUAACAGCCUAAAAAACAUUAAAAAGUUCAAAAUCUCCUUCCUAGGGCAAUGGAAAUCGUUCCAAGACCUUUAUUUUACAAAUAUAGGUUCACGGCUAACUUAAGGGGGCGUGGCCUGUCUGUGCUCUCCACUAACGAGACACUUUAUCUUUUUUUCGUGUUAGGACCCUUUUUUUGAUGGUUCAAGCCAGCCGUGAAUCAGCUCUAUUAGCUCGAAUUAUCAGUAAAUUAACUAUAAAUAAAAACCCAAACGUUCAAAAAACAAUUUCAAAAUUCCAGGCCUCACACAAUGCCAACAGUUCCUGCCCCUCUCCGAGUUCAACCCCAACUUCAACGAGGACCUGAAGAACAUUCAAGGCGGAAUGAACCUCUACGUCUCCUACAAUGACGUCGACAAAGACCUUCUAGGCGAAAUCGUCUUCCUUUCCGGCGGAGUUUCCAAAACGUGACCACAACUAAAAGCUCAAAACUUCUGAAAUCGAAUUUUCAGGGCUUAUGAAAUUUCUCAAAGUUAUACGGAUAAAGCUUCCGGUCUGAAAGCUCCGUGGAGUAUCCCUGCCAGUCAGUUGACCGUCAUGAACUUGAACAACGCGACGAAAUCCUACACCGUCAAGAGUUUCCUGUAUAUCCAAUCGUUGGAACAGUCUCAAGGUAGGGAAUCGAAGAUUUUUGGCUUAUAGAGACUAUUUCUGUGUAGCGUUGUCGCUCAAAAAUCCACUGAUUAGCUUCUAAUCGCACCCGACUCUCUCCUACUUUCGCCGGGGGGGGGGAGAGCAUUAGAGAAGCUUUCUUUCCCUUAUAAUGGAGCAUAGUCCUAGAUAGUCGGUUGUAUUAAAGUCCGAUUUUCGCGACUCGAAAUGGUGGGACUUCUCUGCGCCCUCCUCGUCUCUCGACGACCCUCUCUUGUUGACGCGCUAUUUUCGCGUUUCUCUGACCUCUCCCGUGAGGGAACAGAGAGACGCAGACACGCAAAAACUGUCAACUCGCGACGGACGGACUAUGUCGAACUUUCCCUAUUUUUCAAAUAUUUAUUAAAAUUCCUUCAAUGAUUCCUUCCAGACCCAUCAAUCUACGUCUACGACAUCGUCGGAUCCCAAAAUAUCACUAGAAGUGAAGAUUCUUCUACCAUCGUCCUGUUCCCAUCUUUCUUGCCCCCAGAAUUUGAAAGCCCAAAGUACGGAGCCAUCCUUUCGAAUAUUAGUCAACCAGCGGUAAAUAUUUUUGAAACAUCAAUGAAGAUAGUGAUAUUUUUAGAAUGGUUCCAUGGUCAUGUUCUACGACGUCCCCCCAGCAAAUCUAUCGAGCAAUUACGAGAAACGGUUUUUCCGGAACCCAUUGCAAGUCGACAAAAACACCACCCAGUGAGUAUACGCAUCAAAUUUCAAUAUUCUCAUCAUAAUUCUUCAAAAAAACAAUGGCAAAAAAAAGUUAACGGCAAUAGGAUUCGAACCCUCAUCGUCGGCUCCGCAUGCUGACACGCUAGCCACUGCACCACGCUACUAACAUUCUUGCAAGGGCUGGUGGCGCGGCCAGAUUCCUUCCAAACUUUAUCACAUGCUUAAAAAUAUAAACUUUAUAAAAUCAUAUCUCAAAAACAAGAAGUUUGCGUAGAUAGCGACUAUGGGGGGUCGAUUCUGAUCAAAGAUUUUUGAGCAAAUUUGUUAAAAAUUCUGGAAAACCUUCCAUGUCAGGCUUCAAAAUUUUUGAAUAUUUAGAUUUAUUUUUCUAAUAUCGAUCGAACGUUCAGGUUCUUCACCACCAUCGAGAAACUCCAAAUAACGUUCCCCGCGUACUACAUCUCCGUUAAAGGCGACAUCUCCUUCACUACCAACCAUGCUUAUUGUGAGCUUCUGAUUUGUUUCGAAAUGGGACUGAAAUGAGCUUUUCAGCAACUCAAGCCGUGAUCAAGACCUCGGCAGCCACUACUACCGGACUCAUAAUGACCAAUGAUUUCGCCACGAACGUUACUGUUCUCUUUUUCCCGGACAGGAAUUACAGUUAUGUCUGUGGAUACGACGUUCGUUUUUUCUCUCUUCUCAGAUUCGUUUUCUUACUUUUUCGCCUCGGAAUACUCAUAAAGAUUUUUUUGAUCAUCUACUGAUCAUCUGAUGAUCAUGGUUCAAUUAAGAAAGCGCCUUGGGCCGUAAGCCGCUCUAGUGACCACUUUAGCGGCUUCAAAACCCUUUAGUGGCCCCUAUGGUCCCAAGUCCCCCUUUCGUGGCCCCUAUGGUCCCAAGUCUUCCUUUAGUGGCCCCUAUGGUCCCAAGUCUCCCUUUAGUGGCCCCUAUGGUCCCAAGUCCCCCUUUCGUGGCCCCUAUGGUCCCAAGUCCCCCUUUAGUGGCCCCUAUGGUCCCAAGUCCCCCUUUAGUGACCCCUAUGGUCCCAAGUCCCCCUUUAGUGGCCCCUAUGAUCCCAAGCCCCCCUUUAGUGGCCCCUAUGGACCCAAGUCCCCCUUUAGUGGCCCCUAUGGUCCCAAGUCCCCCUUUAGUGGCUCCUAUGGUCCCAAGUCCCCCUUUGGUGACCCCUAUAGUCCCAAGUCCGCCUCUAGUGACCCGUAUGGUCCCAAGAGGGGAUUUUCUAAGAGCCCUCAAGGUUGUCUCUAUAGGGACCACUCUGGGUUUCCUUCGAUCAACCAAGUCUUAUUAUUUUUGAUAGAAAAGCCAAAAAUAGCUAAAAUUUUCAGGUCACCAUCAGAAAUAUUAUCGCGCCGGUCACUCUUCUAUACACACAACCCACAUCUGUCUUCAAUUCCACGUUAGUUUCUAUUAAUUAAUCUCAGACUGGAAUAAAUCCCAGGUACGCUAAUCCAAUAACCGACGCUAUGGUCUCGUCAAACUUUGGAGCCGAUUAUUUCUACGUCAUUCCACAGAACCCAAUAGCCGCCAUCUACACGGUUCAGUACUUCCAGAUUCGUUAGUUAUUUCGAUAAAUUUUCGGGAAAUGCACAUUUUUAGGAGCUUGAAAUCUUGUCUCUAGCUAUCAAUAGAAUCAAAAUUGAGGCUAAAAAAUCAAAUUCAAGCCACGCCGAGCUAUUUCUUGGACCAGAACCAACCAAAAGCCUUUCUUUACCAGUUAAAAUCGAAAAUUAUCACUAUCAUUUACAAAUGGUCGAAAUUUCUGUCGUGAAAUAACGAUUAUUUGAAUCAAAAAGGACCAGAAGACCCCUUUAGUCUCUAUUUGGGUCCCUGGAAAAUAGGCAAAUUCGGAAAGGGUGGAAAAAGGCUCCAUAGAAAUGUUCCUUUUUGCUGCCUUUUUGCGCCAUUUUAUCGGCCCUUCUGCACCAUUUUUGCAGCCUCUCCCUUUUUCUAGCAUUUCUUGAGCCUCCAGAAAAAUAGAAGGCUCUAUAAAGGGACUCUUUUUGCUGCCCUUUUUGAGACCUUUUUGCGGCCUUUUUUGAGACCUUUUUGCUGCCUUUUUGCGGCCUUUUUCGAGCCUCUCCUUUUUGGCGGCCAUUAUCCACCCUUCCGACUUUCCCCUAGUAUAUCCUUGACCAAAAACCAUUUUAAGCCAUUCCCAUCCCUAGCUCCAAAACCUAUCAACCUCUGUCCUAAACUUGAUAAAAACCUAAAAAACCAAUUUCCAGAAGGAGCUCUAGCUCCGCCCUCAACAACGGUGGUCACCUCGGCUCCCACUCAACCAACAUUCCAACAAAAAUCCACAACAAUCAUCCAAACCACCACGAAAAGCUCAACGUCUUCCGCCAUUUUCAUCAGCUUUUUCCUGUUUUUCACUGCUAGAUUGUUCUAA